CGCUAAGUCAUCGGCUGUGCCUCACUCUUACUCCCUUUCAUGAACUCCGGCCACGGCGAGCAUCAUGCCUGCAAAGACUAACAAACCGGCGAGACCAAAGGUCAAACGGUAUCAUGUGUACGCCGUCAUACUCUUCGUUAUGGGGACACUCUUUCCCCCACUAGCUGUAGCAGCAAGGUUCGGUAUCGGGAAGGACUUCUGGCUGAAUCUCUUACUCACGAUCUGUGGAUACAUCCCAGGACACGUGCACAAUUUUUACAUACAGAAUAUCAGGAAUAACAAGAAUCACCGCCGCACACCCAAGUGGGUCCAGCGCUACGGCCUUGUCGACACUUCAACCAUCAAGCGUCAUGAACAGCGCUCCCAGUGGGCAGGGAGAUACAACGACCGUAAUCCGAACUCUGCUCUGGAUGAGCAGCCUCUAGAGGAAGGCCAAGUGGCGUCAAGCCGUUCAACAACACAGGAUCUCUCCACCAAGCCAACCAAUGGCAGUGCUCUCUGGAAGCCUGAUGACGAAUCAUUUUACAACCCUGAACGUGAAGGUAGCAUGCGUUCAGCGGAAUCAGGGAGUUCUCGUUGGAAAUACCCAGCCAACUUCAACGAUACACUUCCUGGUGCAGGAAACGCUCCAGCGCGGAAGAAGAAAAAGAAGAAAGAUAGAUGGGCGAGAACGGAGGAUGCAUAUAACGCUCCCGAGCAGAAGAAACGAAAGAAGAAGUCAAGGAAUCGCUCUACAACUGACGAUGGCGGUGAUCUAGAGUCGACCUACUCACGCAGGGCAGGAUCAAGUGUUGAUUUGGAGGUGCCAGAAGAUGCAGCCGGUGAAACAUAUGGGAGACAAGUUGAAGGCAGUGGGCAUGUAACGGUGGAGAAUGACGAUACUACCGCAUUGCAGAACGAUGUAUUCAACCACGAGUUCUGACAGCACGCCCUCCAUACAUCCUACAUCAAUUUUCCACGUUAGCUUCCAUUUAUCUAUUGUAUGCAGUGUCUUUCAAAGAUCGUUACACAUCCGAAGUGGAGCCAGCUGUCACGCAGUCCCUCACAUAUUGUACGUGAAAAAUUAUACAUUCAGUGCUUUCCUUUC